GCUCUCUCCUUCACGCGCUCUCUCAUUUUUGUCUCCGUCCUCUCACCUCUGCUUUAAGCACGAUCAGAGAGUGAGGACCGGAACCAAUCUCUGAAUCUGGGGUUAGGGUUAUCCCUAAUCCGAAUACCAGUAAUCCCAAUUCGAUUCUCAAAGGAGAGAGAAGCAAGAUGGGCGUCAAUUCUGUAUCCUCGGAUACGAGCAGUGAUCUGAACGAGCAGAUCGAGCAACUUAUGCAGUGCAAGCCACUCUCGGAACCACAGGUGAGAGGGUUAUGCGAGAAAGCAAAGGAAAUUCUAAUGGGAGAAAGCAAUGUUCAGCCUGUGAAAAGCCCAGUGACAAUUUGUGGCGAUAUUCAUGGGCAGUUUCACGACCUGGCAGAGCUUUUUCGAAUUGGAGGGAAGUGUCCCGAUACCAAUUACUUGUUUAUGGGAGAUUAUGUGGACCGUGGUUAUUAUUCUGUUGAAACCGUGACGCUCUUAGUGGCCCUGAAAGUGCGUUAUCCUCAGCGUAUCACUAUUCUCAGAGGAAACCAUGAAAGUCGUCAGAUUACUCAGGUUUAUGGGUUUUACGAUGAAUGUCUUCGAAAGUAUGGCAAUGCCAAUGUUUGGAAGAUCUUCACUGACCUUUUUGACUACUUUCCACUGACAGCAUUGGUUGAGUCAGAAAUAUUUUGCCUGCAUGGUGGGUUGUCCCCUUCCAUUGAAAACCUUGAUAACAUAAGGAAUUUUGAUCGUGUUCAAGAGGUUCCACAUGAAGGGCCGAUGUGUGAUCUGUUAUGGUCUGACCCAGAUGACCGAUGUGGUUGGGGUAUUUCACCUCGUGGUGCGGGAUAUACUUUUGGUCAGGAUAUAUCUGAACAAUUUAAUCAUACAAACAGUUUAAAGUUGAUUGCAAGAGCUCAUCAGUUGGUUAUGGAUGGAUUCAACUGGGCUCAUGAACAAAAGGUGGUUACUAUAUUUAGUGCACCUAAUUAUUGCUAUCGCUGUGGGAACAUGGCUUCUGUUUUAGAAGUCGAUGACUGCAGGGGCCAUACUUUUUGGCAGUUUGAGCCAGCUCCUAGAAGAGGAGAGCCAGAUGUUACCCGUAGAACACCUGAUUACUUUCUGUGAAGCUGGUGCAUUGAUGCCAUUUAUUUUGUGGCUCCUCCGCUCUUCCACUGCUGGUUGCACAUUGUUUUUGCACAAGAUGACUAUUGGGUUUAAAAUCUAAGUCUACCUGUCUGGUUAUAGGAUUCCAAGACGAUGUAAAAUACACAGGUAAGGUGCCUGCUGAUUUCACUUGAACCUUGCUGGAUUUCCUACCAAAUAGUUUGCCUAGCUGUUGACACACCGUAAUUAUUGUAUCAUAUCCAGCAGAAUAUGUGGAUAUUCUUUUUGGUUUUUGUACUUCUAUCUUUUUCUCCUUGUACGUUUUGCUCACCCAUCCCAUUCUUUUGGGGCUCUCAAGGGUGCAUGGAACUUUAUUAUUAGUGGAUGUUUUGCACUUCUAUUCAAUUACUUUAUCA